AGGAAACCAGGUCUUAUGAGGAAUCAACAGAUGAAUCUGAGGAAGCACCCUUUCAAGAACAAAUGUCCCUGGAAUUAUAAAUGAGUGCUAUGUCCCAAGAAAAGAUCCUUGAUUAUGUAAGGAAGAUGAGAGUGAAGAAGAACCUAAGCUCAAGUAUGAACGGCUUUCUAAUGGAGUGACUGAAAUUCUCCAGAAGGAUGCAGCCAGCUGCAUGACAGUGCAUGAAAAGUUUUUGGCACUGGGAACACAUUAUGGCAAAGUUUAUUUACUUGAUGUCCAGGGGAACAUCACACAGAAGUUUGAUGUUAGCCCAGUGAAGAUAAAUCAGAUCAGCCUGGAUGAAAGUGGAGAACACAUGGGUGUUUGCUCAGAAGAUGGGAAGGUACAAGUGUUUGGAUUAUAUUCAGCAGAAGAGUUUCAUGAAAUGUUUGACUGUCCUAUUAAAAUUGUUGCUGUUCAUCCUCAGUUUGUAAGAUCCCACUUCAAGCAAUUUGUAACAGGAGGAAAAAAGUUGCUGUUAUAUGAAAGAAGUUGGAUGAAUAGAUGGAAACCUUCGGUUUUACAUGAAGGGGAAGGAAAUAUAAGAAAUAUAAAAUGGAGAGGGCACUUAAUUGCUUGGGCUAAUAAUAUGGGCGUGAAGAUACUUGACAUGAUCUCCAAGCAAAGAAUUACCAAUGUGCCUCGAGAUGACAUAAGCCUUCGCCCAGAUAUGUAUCCCUGCAGCCUUUGCUGGAAGGAUAAUUUAACACUGAUUAUUGGCUGGGGAAAUUCAGUAAAGAUUUGCUCAGUAAAAGAACGGCAUGCCAGUGAAAUGCGUGACCUACCAAACCGCUACGUGGAAAUAGUUUUCCAAUUUGACACCGAAUUCUACGUCAGUGGACUUGCACCUCUCUGUGACCAGCUUGUUAUACUUUCAUAUGUAAAGGAGAUCUCCGAAAAAACGGAAGUGGAGUGUUGUGCAAGACCUAGACUUGAUAUUGUACAACCCCUGCCUGAGUCCUGUGAAGAGAUUUCUUCUGAUGCACUAACAGUACGAGGAUUUCAGGAAAAUGAAUGUCGUGAUUAUCACUUAGAGUAUUCGGAAGGUGAAUCACUUUUUUAUAUCAUCAGCCCAAGAGAUGUGGUUGUGGCCAAAGAGCGGGACCAAGAUGACCACAUUGACUGGCUUCUUGAAAAGAAGAAAUACGAAGAAGCUUUGAUGGCAGCUGAGAUCAGUCAGAAAACCAUAAAAAAGCACAAGAUUUUGGAUAUUGGCUUAGCCUAUAUAAAUCAUCUGGUGGAGAAAGGAGAGUAUGACCUGGCUGCUAGAAAGUGCCAGAAAAUCCUUGGGAAAAACACAGAACUCUGGGAAUUUGAAGUUUACAAGUUUAAAGAAAUAGGUCAGCUUAAAGCAAUUAGUCGUUACUUGCCAAGACGAGAUCCAGUUUUGAAACCUCUGAUCUACGAAAUGGUCCUGCAUGAAUUUUUGGAAAGUGACUAUGAGGGGUUUGCAACCCUAAUAAAAGAGUGGCCUGGAGAUCUGUACAACAACACAAUCAUAGUUCAAGCUGUAGUGGAUCACCUGAAGAAAGAUCCACAGAACAGGACUUUGCUACAAACACUUGCAGAAUUGUACACUUACGAUCAGCGCUAUGGCAGAGCCCUAGAAAUCUACUUAACUCUGAGGCACAAAGAUGUCUUCCAGUUGAUCCACAAGCACAAUCUCUUCAGUUCUAUCAGAGACAAAAUUGUUCUGCUCAUGGAUUUUGAUUCAGAGAAAGCAGUAGACAUGCUUUUGGAUAAUGAGGAUAAAAUUUCUAUUGACAGAGUUGUUGAAGAAUUAGAAAACAGGCCUGAGUUACAGCAUGUGUAUUUACACAAGCUUUUCAAAAGAGACCACCAUAAAGGCCAACGAUAUCAUGAGAAACAGAUCAGCCUUUAUGCUGAAUAUGAUCGACCAAACUUACUUCCAUUUCUCAGAGACAGCACACACUGCCCACUGGAGAAGGCUCUUGAGAUCUGCCAGCAGAGAAACUUUGUAGAAGAGACAGUCUAUCUUCUAAGCAGAAUGGGUAAUAGCCGCAGUGCCUUGAAGAUGAUAAUGGAAGAAUUGCAAGAUGUAGAUAAAGCUAUUGAAUUUGCCAAGGAACAAGAUGAUGGAGAACUUUGGGAAGAUCUCAUUUUAUAUUCUAUUGACAAGCCACCUUUUAUUACUGGUUUGUUGAACAAUAUUGGAACCCAUGUCGAUCCUAUUCUUUUGAUCCACCGCAUUAAGGAAGGCAUGGAGAUUCCUAAUUUGAGAGACUCACUAGUGAAAAUUCUUCAGGACUACAACUUGCAGAUCUUGCUGCGGGAAGGUUGCAAAAAGAUACUCGUUGCUGAUUCUCUUUCUUUGUUGAAGAAAAUGCAUCGAACUCAGAUGAAGGGUGUUCUAGUGGAUGAGGAGAAUAUCUGUGAAUCAUGUCUGUCUCCAAUACUUCCUUCAGAUGCAUCCAAGUCCUUCAGUGUGGUAGUGUUCCACUGCAGACACAUGUUUCACAGAGAGUGCCUACCUGUAUCUAACACAGUAUCUUCUGUCCAGUUCUGCAAUAUAUGCAGUGCCAAACACAGGGGGCCAGGAAGUGCAGUCCUGGAGAUGAAGAAAUAGCAGUGGCCUAGUUCUCCAUGUCAGUCAGUGACACCAAAUCUGUUAGGACCAUGCAGAGCCACUGUAAUUUUCCAUUUCUGUAUAUAAUUUUGAUUGUGACUUAAAAGUAGUUCCUGUAGUUUAUCCUGUUUAUUGAAUAUUUUGGGUAAUGAGAAAAUGUGAAAAUCUUUCUCUGGUAAGUCUUUGUUAUGCAACUCAUAUGUCAUGGUUCCUUUGCUCGGCUUGUUACUUCAUUCUGGAACAGAAAAAAAGUAAAUAAAAUGGGAAGAAAAAACACAUGCAAUUUA